UAUGUAUUAUUAAAUAUGUGUCUGCAUUCGGCGGUGACAGCCUCCCCACGAGAACAUGCCUCUGGCGAAGGACCUUCUCCAUCCCUCUCCUGAAGAGGAGAAGCAGAAGCACAAGAAGAAGUGCCUGGUGCAGAGCCCCAACUCUUACUUCAUGGAUGUCAAGUGCCCAGGAUGCUCUAAGAUCACCACUGUCUUUAGCCAUGCACGAACGGUAGUUUUGUGCGUUGGCUGUUCCACUGUCCUCUGCCAGCCCACAGGAGGAAGAGCAAGGCUUACCGAAGGAUGCUCCUUCAGACAGAAGCAGCACUGAAAGCACCCUGAACCAAGAUCAGUGGGAAAUCAUCCCAAUGAAAACACAUUUUGGAUAAAAAAAUAUAUAUAUAUGUCUGCAGUUAAAAAUAAACAUAGCAGAUGUGAUA